AGCAAUCAGCAGGAAAACCAUGAAAAAAACCAUGAAGAAAACCAUGAAAACUGCAUGUGCUGCUGUCGUUCUGCUGAGUCUCUUCUCAGUUUCCCAGCCGGCGUCGCUGGCCUGUGAGGUGUUGCUGCGGCCAGUAAACCAACUUCAAGAUAUUCAAGGGACAUGGUACUUUGUAGCUGUGUCUUCAUCUUACUGUUGGAUAGUAACAGUGCUGAAUACCUUGGGGGCUCCAAGUCUUCAAAUUGAUUUUACCUCAACGAGCAAAUCAAACGUCUAUGACACAAACUUAAAAAUGAAGAUUGCUGAGCAAUGUGAAAAUAACACUGCAAAGAUUUUCUUGGAGACGGAUGGGAUAUCGAUGGCUGAUAGUAAUGAUGCCAAAACCAAUGAGAAAGGUUUGCUUCUUCGCACCAGCUGUGCUGACUGCCUCAUUCUGAAAGAUGACAACUCACCUGCCAGUAUUUUGCUUAUGCUAAGCAGGAAACCAAAUGUCACAGAUGCAGAACUGAAAGAGUUUGAGGCUCAGGCAGACUGUCUUAAUCUCUACAAGCCACAAGUCCUUAACACCGAUCAUGACUGCAGUUCCUAUAACACCUCAAUGGAUUCUUCACAAUUCGAACGAGAAUUUCCAGAAAGAAUCAAAAACAUGUUCUCAGGGAUCUUCACAUGUGUUUCAGAUAAAGUUUUGUACUAUCCCCGUACUGUGCUUGGAUGGGCUCAGAGUGCCUGGGAUAGUAUCUGGUAAACCAGGUCGUUAUGAAAAAAACAAACAAAAUCAGAAUCAAUCAAUCAUGUAUACUUUCUUAAGUGUGGAAAAUAAUGGCAGAACUUGCUGCAAUCCACACACUGUUUGAAAUCUGUUUCUGGCUUGAGAUUUAGGAUACACCUUUCCAAAUGCCAAACAUUAAAAAUCUAUUUUAGCAUCUGAA